AUGUCAAAGAUACGGCGCAAGGCCACGAAGAAGGCUACUUUGGUACUGGGGACAUUGCGGGACGGGAGGAGACAGGAGACGAGCGGAACGUCGUACUACUCUGUUGUCGGAAGAGUGUUGCUCGACAUAAUCAAGUCAGGUGGCUAUAGGAUUUCUGCGCUUGACGUCGAGCGUGAGCUGCUGGCCUUGCGGUACAUCCCCGAAGCUACGGUCGUGGAUGUAUCCGAUGAGAAGAUUGGCCAGAGGGUCGCGGCGCAUGUGUCGCUGCAGGAUAAGAAGUUGACUGACGCAUUCCUGGAAUCGCACGGUAACAAGGAGCGUGUGUUGACCAUUGCCGGUCUUUGCAAUGAUCCAAGGCCGCGGCUGGUCGGCUGCAAGGUGCCCACUCUGCUGCUGUGCAUUGUGAUGUGUAAGAGACGAGGAGUGAAUCCGGACAGUGUGGAGCAGGUGGACGAGAGCGGAGGAAGGUGCAAGGAGCGGGUCCUUGUUAGGCCACGAAGCCUACGGGACCGACAAUAUCAAACCCAAACGUACGAAACGUUUGUUGCAAAGAUCGUGAACGAGGAACCACCACAGAUGACAGGGACGGUGACGGUUGGGUGUGGCGCGUGGGAUUCGUGCGUGCCGAGGUCUGCCGUCUUGCAUCGGGCACCAACCGUCCUCCUCCGAGCCUGA